AUGGCGUUAUCACGAUGGCCAACUCAACUCAUCAUCAUCUGUCUAUUUUCACUUGUUCAAGCCUACACGGUAUUUGAAACAAAGUGUUCUGCCCCUGACACUACAUCGAGCUUUGUGUCAUCGCCCAAUACCCGCGGAACUCUCGACAUACUAUGGAGCUCCCUCUUCACGAUCUUCGCUUGCACCUGGAGCGUCCAGCAUCCUAACCUUCCCGAACAACAACAAGGAGAAGUCGAUGACUAUUCCUCGACACUAAAGGGAUGGCGUGCAUGGGCAUACCCUGCAUGGAGAAACGCUAAAUGGGGAAUGAAGGGAUUUUACAGAAGCACACUGCGGAUGCUGUGGACUAGCAUUGCUCCCGAAUUGCUAAUUGUCGCAGCCUGCAAUGAACUGAUUGCCGCACGGAGCAUUUGCAAAAGAAUGAAGGAGUUGGACUUGGGAGAAGAAGAAACUUGGAGUUUAACUCACAGCUAUUAUGCAAACAUGGGAGGCUUCGUCGUACGAAACCCAUCGGCAGACAGAACCCUGUAUCACGACCCAUAUCAUCUUACCGGCGAGGAACUCCUCGAACUUCGAAGAAGAAGGCACAUCACAAAGCUGCCCAACAUGGCAGAAGCAGAAAUCAGGGACAAGUCCAAAGGCGAUAUACUUGGAAAAUCGGUUGCACUCGGCCAGAUUGCGUGGUCUAUAAUUCAAAUCAUUGCACUGGUCAUGAGAAGGCUCCCCGUCUCGCCUCUCGAGGUGGCCGUUGUAGCCUUUGCUGCUUGCGCAAUUCUCACGUACAUUCUGUACUGGGAAAAGCCGCAGCGCGUCAGCGUCACUCAAACCAUCUCGCUACACGACUGUGGUCAGCUAUAUAAUAAAACAGAUUUGAAAAAGAGUCCCAGGUUUUUCAAAUAUCUGUUCACAUAUUUUCUUACGCAUUUGGGCAUCUCUACCAAACAAGGGCAAUUGCAUGGUGCGCCGAUUAGCGUGGACAAUACAUUGGAUGAUAGAAAGGGUAGGGACAAGGAAACCAGAGUUGUCUUCCUCGCUGUGUCUGUCAGUGCGGUUCUGUUUGGUGGAAUUCAUGUCGUUGCGUGGAACUUUCCUUUCCCCUCGACAAUCGAAUUGAUCUUUUGGAGAUGUGCAAGCGUCUAUACAACUGCAGCUCCAGUUUGCAGCAUCCUGCUCCUCUUCCUUGUCAAACGGGAUGAUCAUAGUCCACAGGGAUUGACUUAUCACCUAAUCACACUUUGUCUCACCCUCGCUGCUGCUCCCUUUGUCCUUUACCCCAUUGCAAGACUUUUUAUAAUUGUCGAGAUGUUUCGCACGCUUUACUUUCUCCCUCCUGCUUCAUUUGUUUCCACCUGGGCACCCAGUGUCCCACAUGUUGCUUAG